CACUCAAGUCUCUCACUCUUUCACCCUAUACUUUCUCCUCCAAUACAACAAAACCUCAUUCUUAAAUUCCUUGUCUUUCAAUCCAAGUUCCAUUUAGACGUUAUAAUUCCUCAUAAUCGUUUGAAUUCUCUCACAACCUUAAUUAUGAGAAUUAGGAUUAAAGUAAUUAAUCACAAAUUCACUCAAACAAUUAUGUUUGAUAAGAUCAGAGAAAUUAAUUGAGACGACCUAGACUUUCGGUCUGAGAAAGAAUGAUUUAGCCGCUGGAAAAAGAAAAUCUAUCCGUCUGUCAGUUAUAUUAAACAACCUACACACUCUCUCUCUCUCUCUCUCUAUCUGAUUUCAGCUUUGUUUAUAACGUGGAUGUCAUGAAAGCAAACUUUGAGCUUAAAAUCAUGGCCAAGAGAAGAACUCAUCAAUCAUGUCCGAUAUUGUUCAUGUCCAUGUUGCUCAUCUUCUUGUUCGCAAACACAUGCGCUUUGCAUGGUGAUGAUGAUGAUGAUGAACUCCACCUUCUGUUGUCAUUCAAAGCCUCCAUCAAUGAUCCUUUACACUCCCUCUCCGACUGGAAUCCUUCUUCCAAUGAUUUUUGCAAGUGGCAAGGCAUAACCUGCAACAGCAACACGACGUCAUCGCGCAUAAAUACCGUCGAGCUCUCAGGGAAAAACAUCUCCGGCAAAGUUUCAGCUGCAAUUUUCCAAUUUCCGGGUAUCCAAACCAUCGAUCUUUCAAGCAAUCAGCUGAGCGGUGAACUUCCUUGGGAGAUGUUCUCUGUGUCUUCUUCGCUUCGGUUUCUGAACCUAAGCAACAACAACCUCACAGGUCCAAUCCCGAGCGGCUCCAUUUCCCACUUGGAAACACUUGACCUCUCCAACAACAUGCUUUCGGGUAAAAUUCCUCCACAUAUCGGGUCGUUCUGGAGCCUCAAGUUUCUCGAUCUCGGUGGAAAUGUUUUGGUGGGAAACAUUCCCACAACUAUAACGAACAUUUCUGGGUUGCAGUACUUGACCUUGGCUUCCAAUCAACUAGUAGGUCAAAUUCCACGCCAACUGGGAGUUAUGAAGAGCUUGAAGUGGAUAUACUUGGGCUAUAACAAUCUCUCGGGUCCAAUUCCCAUACAAAUCGGAGAGCUGAAUUCGCUGAAUCAUCUCGACCUCGUUUACAACAACCUCACCGGAAACAUCCCCGACUCCAUUGGAAACCUCACUCAGCUUCAGUAUCUCUUCCUCUACAAAAACAAGCUGACCGGUUCAAUUCCUCGGUCGGUUUUCGGACUCAAGAAGCUGAUUUCUCUGGAUCUUAGCGAUAAUUUUCUGUCUGGUGAGAUUCCUGAGGCUAUAACUCAGUUACAAGAAUUGGAGAUUCUUCAUCUUUUCUCCAACGGCUUAACCGGAGAGAUUCCAAGCGCUUUGGCUUCACUGCCUCGGCUUCAAGUGCUUCAGUUAUGGGCUAACAAAUUGUCUGGUCAGAUUCCGAAAGAUCUCGGGAAGCGAAACAAUCUCACUGUUCUAGACCUUUCCACCAACAGUCUCACCGGGAAUAUACCCGAAAGCCUAUGCGCUUCGGCUAGGCUUUUUAAGCUCAUCUUGUUCUCUAAUUCUCUCACUGGCUUUAUUCCAAACAGUUUGAGUACCUGCAACAGCUUGCGGCGAGUUCGUCUCCAGAACAACAUGCUUUCCGGAGAAUUAUCACCCGGAUUCACGAAACUGCCACUGGUCUACUUCUUGGAUAUCUCGGCCAACAAUCUCUCUGGCAGAAUCGAUGCUCUGAAAUGGGACAUGCCUGGGCUCCAAAUGCUAAAUAUGGCGAGCAAUAAAUUUUUUGGAAACUUGCCGGAGUCAUUCGGCAGCGACGUGAUCGAGGACUUGGACUUGUCGGAUAACGGGUUCUCGGGUCAAAUUCCUACCGGGUUCCGAAACUUAGCGGAUCUAAUGCAAUUGAAGUUGAGUCACAACAAGCUUUCCGGUCCAAUUCCCGAAGAAUUGUCAUCAUGUGAAAAGCUCGUGCUUCUUGAUGUCAGCCACAACCAGCUCAGCGGCCAAAUCCCGGCUCGUCUCUCCGAAAUGCCGGUUCUUGGGCUUCUAGAUUUAUCGGAAAACCAACUGUCAGGAGAAAUCCCGAAGAAUUUAGGCGGAGUGGAAUCCCUCGUUCAAGUCAACAUUUCUAACAACCACUUCCAUGGAAGUUUGCCGUCUACCGGAGCAUUUCUGGCCAUAAACGCCAGCGCGGUGGCCGGCAACGACCUCUGUGGCGGCGAGGCCAUGAGCGGUUUACCACCAUGCAAAAGCAGAAGCUUCAACCAUCCGACGUGGUGGUUUUUAGUCUUUUGUUCUCUACUGGCCGCUGUCGUCGUUGCUGUCGCAGCCGUUGGUUUCGUCUUCGUUCUCCGGCGGAAGGAUCUGGAGCUCAAAAGAGUUGAGAACGAAGAUGGCAUUUGGGAAAUUCAGUUCUUUGAGUCCAAGGCUUCGAGAUCUAUCACCAUUGAAGAUAUCUUAUCGUCGGCUAAAGAAGGAAAUGCAAUUGCAAUGGCGAGAAACGGCAGCGUUUCGUAUAGAGGAAAAUCGGUUCUAAAUGGAACACAAUUCGUUGUGAAGGAAAUGAACGAUGUGAAUUCCAUUUCGCCGAGUUUUUGGUCUGAGAUCGUACAAUUCGGGAAGCUUCGUCAUCCAAACAUCAUUAAGAUGAUCGGGAUAUGUCGGUCCCAGAAGACUGGGCAUUUGGUUUACGAGUAUUGUGAAGGGAAGCUUUUGAGUGAAAUUCUAAGAAAUUUGAGCUGGGAACGACGUCGUAAAAUCGCAACGGGGAUUGCCAAUGCCCUGCGGUUUUUGCAUUGUUAUUGCUCGCAGAGUUUCGUUGGUGGACACGUGUCACCGGAGAAAGUUAUCGUCGAUGGGAAUGAUGAGCCUCGUCUCUGCUUGACACUUCCCGGGCUGGUCUGCACGGACUCCAAAAGUUUCUCUUAUUCUGCAUAUGUUUCUCCAGAAGCUAGCGAAGGUGGCAUAACGGAGAAGAGCGACAUAUAUGGAUUUGGGCUAACCCUGAUCGAACUACUGACCGGCAAAAGCCCAGCGGACACGGAAUUUGGUGUGCAUGAGAGCUUUGUUGAGUGGGCCCGAUACUGCUAUUCAGACUGUCAUCUUGACAUGUGGAUUGAUCCUACAAUCAGAGGACACGCGUCGGAUAAUCAGAACGAGCUCGUCGAGACCAUGAAUAUAGCCCUUCACUGCACUGCAGGCGAUCCCACCGCAAGACCAUGCGCAGAUGAGCUAUACAGAACUCUACAAUCUGUUCUCAGCAGAGGCUCUUGCAUUUCCGGCCUAACACUAUCUUCUAAACCUCUUUAAUUAUCGUCGUCCAAGGAUUUUAUUUUAUUUUUGCUAAGGUUUUCUUAAUUUUUCAACUUUUUUUUUUUUUUUUUUUAAUUUUUGGUUGAUAUAACAUAAGGUGUUUAUUAAUUAGCACCUUAUGUUGUAUUGGAUAUGACAUAAGGUUUUAAUUGAUUGUUACUCAAAUGUUUUGUUUGAUGCUGGUAUGUUUGACAUGCAUACUACUUCCCUACGUGUGUAAAAAUGUAGAUAAACUAAAUUUCUCCUUUACUAUACAUAUAUAUUUUUUGGAGGCCGUUAAUGCCAUUUUAUAUAGAAA